GACUUUCCAGAGAUUAUUGCGGUUGAGGUUUGUGGUUUAUUGCAGUGAAUUGUAUAAACAGAUGAACAUAACGGUUGAACACACUCGUAUUUGUGGCGGUCUGGCUCUGUGGUCUGGUGAGAACUGUCUGUUGCUCCCCCUACCUGUGCCCCCCACUUCCUGUCAGCUAUGCCCCUUACAUACACCCAUGUGCAUCUAAUCACCCCCACAUAGUGUCCAAAAUGCCAAUAUAAAUACAUCCAAACAAAACAAAACAUCAUGCCAACGUUAAGCAAAAAUGGCUCCUACAAUACGAUUACAUCCAACAUCUUCAGUGAGUGUUCUGUUACCUUGCACAGCUGUUUAAUAAUAAAGAAGACGCACAAUAAGAAAAGUUUGAAAGUGAAUACAUCUCAGUGUUCUAUUUGAAGCUGGCAAAAUGAACGUGAAUUAAACGACUGUGUGGUUGCUUGUGUUCUGAUCAUGUCUUUGCAGUCACACAGACUUUGCAGUAUCAGACAAAGCCCUGCAGCACUCUCAUCACGGCCAAUCAGAGAGAUACAGGAAGCCAAGUAAAAGCAACACUCCCCGCCACUCACAUGAGCCGCAAUGACUGAAAAAGUCACCCUUGCACAUUUGAAAAGAGCAAAGGGUGGAAAGAGAAGGCAGAAACCAUCCCAACUGUGGAAAGGACCUUACAAGCGUGCAGUGUUACCGCCCAAGCCAUCCGCUCUAUGGAGAACGUGGGCAAAUGUGUCUGUUCCACAUCGAGACGUUGUACACCAGUCGACGGGGAAACUCCGUUGCCAGAGGCCCUGAAUUCAAAGGACACGAUGAAGCAGUUUCUUUCAGAUCGCGUGGUAAAGGCAGCGAGGUCGAUCCGUAGUGUCAUGGUCGAUGGGAGCCCGGGUCUGAUUAGAGACAGAAAGCAUCACCUCAAAACAUACAGAAAAUGUUGUUCGGGGAAGGAGCUUGUGGAUUGGCUGAUGAAACAAAAUGAAUGCCUGCAAUCCAGGAGUCAAGCGGUUGGAAUGUGGCAGGUGCUGGUGGAUGAAGGAAUCCUUGUUCAUGUGAAACAUGAAGUGAACUUCCACGACAAGGACACCCAAUUCUACCGCUUCCAGGACUCGGAGUCUGGGCUGAACCACACGUCCAACGAGAAGGACUCAGAGGAAGAGCUGCAGGAGAGUCUGUCGCUGUUGUCUCAGCUGGGACCCGACGCUCUGCUCACUAUGAUUCUGCGCAAGUGCCCCAGUCAGAGGAGUGCUGAGGACCUGGAGGUCAUCUACGAGGAGCUGCUCCAUGUCAAGGCCGCAGCGCAUCUCUCCGCCUCUGUGCGUAAGGAGCUGGCAGCGGUGCUGGUCUUUGAAUCACAUGCCAAGGCCGGAGUAGUCUUGUUCAGUCAGGGGGAAAAAGGGACUUCUUGGUACAUCAUCUGGAAAGGCUCCGUAAACGUGAUCACCAACGGGAAGGGCCUGGUGACUACUCUACACGAGGGGGAGGACUUUGGGCAGCUGGCUUUGCUGAAUGAUGCCCCUCGUGCUGCCACCAUCAUCCUAAGAGAAGACAACUGCCAUUUCCUCCGUGUUGAUAAACAGGACUUCAUUCGCAUCCUCAAGGACGUGGAGGCCAACACGGUGCGACUGGAGGAGCAUGGGAAGACUGUGCUGGUGUUGGAGAAGAGAACCGAGUGGGCCCAGCAGGGAGGGUCAGGGAACAGCAAGUACACAGUUAUGUCAGGAACACCUGAGAAAAUCCUAGAACACCUACUGGAAACGAUAAAGUUGGAUUCCAAUGGAAACGACUCAAUAGAUCCAUGUGUUAGUGACUUUCUCCUCACUCACAAAGUCUUCAUGCCCACCAACCAGCUGUGUGCCGCCCUACAGCACCAUUAUCAGGCGGAGCUGUCUGAGGGCUCAGACCAGGAGAAGGCUUCCUACAUCCUUACCACCAAGCAGAAGGUGGUCAAGCUGAUUGGCCAGUGGGUGGCACUGUACGGCCUUCUGCUGAAAGAAGACCCUAUUGCUUUGGACUCUCUGGAGAGGCUGAAGAAGGAGGUGGCGGGAGAUUUCCGUCUGUUCAGCGUGCUGAAAGAUCAAUUCAGGGAAAGGAGGAGAAUUAAAGCAUCGGAGAACGGAUGUCAGACAUUGAGCAGGAAUCAGCCGUUCGAUUGGUUUUCAAACUGCGAGGAGCCAGUGGGGAGGUUACAACCAAUCAGAGCUCAAGAUAAAGUGCUGUAUGAGAUUUACAGGCCGGACAACAAACCUCUCAAUCUGAUGCUCCCAGUGAACGCCUCUGUGAAGGAUGUGAUGUCGGCCAUAGUCAAACCUGGCGGAGAUCACAUCUUGGUCAAAAUGAACUCCAUGGGAGAGAGAGCUCAGUUAAAGCUGGAUGCGAAUGCAGUCUACACGGCUCUGGGACUCAACGAGAGACUGUUCAUCUGCACAAUCAGCCAAGCAGAACAACUGAUGCCCCUGAAGGAACAGCAAGGUCCAGAGCAAGGAACAACUGACCUCCUUGAACAGAUGGACUCUAAAGAUGUCGCCAAUGAACUCACCAACUAUGAUUGGGAACUGUUCACUGCCAUGCAUGAGGUGGAGCUCGUCUACUACAUAUUCGGGCGCCAUAAAUUCCCCGGUGCCACCACGGCUAACCUGGAGCGGUUUGUGCGUCGUUUCAACGAGGUGCAGUACUGGGUGGUGACCGAGCUGUGCAUCUGUGAAGAUCUGGUGAAACGAGCCAUUCUGCUCAAGAAGUUCAUAAAGAUUGCCGCAGUGUUAAAGGAACAGAAGAAUCUCAAUUCGUUCUUUGCUGUGAUGUUCGGUUUGAGCAACAGUGCAGUGCACAGGCUUUACAAGACCUGGGAGAGAAUACCCAGCAAGACAAAACGAAUUUACUGCGCUUAUGAGAGACUGAUGGAUCCCUCACGCAACCACAGGGCCUACAGGUUGGCCGUGGCCAAACUCGGUCCUCCUUACAUCCCCUUCAUGCCUCUGCUGCUCAAAGACAUGACGUUCAUCAAUGAUGGAAAUCCAAACUAUGUAGACAAACUGGUUAAUUUCGAGAAAGUGCGCAUGAUUGCCAAGACAGUGAAAAUUGUACGAGGAUGCAGAAGCCAGCCGUAUGUGCCAUCGUCUCCACAGAGGGGCCUGGCAGAUCGGAUGUUUCUGGAAGGGGCUUCUAAUCGCAUAUCUACAUACUCCGAGCUCGCCCUUCCUCUGCGGAGCCCCAGCAGCAUCCGGAACUACAUUCAGAACCUGAAAGUGAUCGAUAACCAGCGCAAGCUAACGCAGCUCUCCAGAACGAUAGAAUGCUAGAGCAACAACACGCAAAUGUAUAAAGACUGUAAAACCCCGGCGUGAAUGAGACAAGACUAAAGCUGGAUCAAACAAAACAUCCACACUCGCCCCCCAAAAAAGAUGGAUGUCUCGAGGUGCUGUUUGCAGUGUUCAUUUCGAGGACUUUGAUUGAUGAGCUUUCUGCACACCAUCAAGGGGGG